AUGCAAGAAUUAAAUAGAACUGAAAAAGAAAAUGAAGAGCAAAUAAGCAAAUCAAUUAAUCAAAUGAUUAAGGAUUAUAGGCUAGACUUCCCCUGUCCCCACUGCGAUAAAAGGAUCAAUGAUGAGCAUUUUGACCAAGGGACUCGUGUAUUCAGUUACAUCAACGAACACAUAAGAGAGAUGGUCGAGAAACAUUUUAAUUUUCAAGAAAAUGAUUAUCGGCAAAAGUGGUUAAAGGAGAUGGAAGAAAAUCGAACCUAUGAAAAUUUUCAACCAGUUAAAAAAUUAAAAGAGGGCGUUAGCGAACUGCAGCAAAAAGUUUCUCAACUCCAAUCCUCUGAGUACAUUGAGAAGUUAGACCGCGUGCGUCAACUAAAUGAAUCAAUUAAACAGCAGAGAGAGAAGAUAGCCGAAUUACAAUCUUCGGAAUAUAUUGAAAAACUGGAAAGGGUUCGCAAAUUAACCGAAGAAGUUAACGAAUUGCGCAGCCAAAAUCAAUUGUUAAGGGACCAAAGCCGGAUUAAUAGUAAAAAAAAGGGAGAAUUAUUUGAGCAAUAUAUUUCAGAAGAAUUAAAUCGAGUUUUUGACAGUAAAGAUAAAAUAAGCAAAAUAACCCAAACCGGCCGUAAAGCUGACUUCCUUCAAGAAGUAUUGACCGAAAGCAAUAAAAUCGCUGGUCGCAUAAUUUACGAAGCCAAAGAUACCGAAAAAUGA